AUGGAUGCUGAAAAGAUAAAAAAUAAGCGUAAAGCGCUUAAAUGCAGUGCCACUAAGUUCGUUAAAAGUUUAGACGUCACUUUAGCAAAUGAAACUAAUGUGCGUAAUUUAGAAGUAUUAUUAAAUCAAUUAAUUGAUAAAAUUGACUGUCUUAAAGUGGCUGAUAAUGAGCUUCUUAAUGUAAUCGAAGCAAAAGAUAUCGAAAAAGAGGUGCAACAAUGUGAAGACUUCUUGGAAAAUUUAAUUUUCUAUAAAUGUCAAAUUACUCAAAGAAUAGCAGCUCUAACACCUCCGGCUGUACCUUCUACUAUUAAUCCCGCUAAUUUAUCAAAUUCAACAUUGGAACUUAGUAGUCUAGUACAUCAAGAAACUAGAUCGUCGAUUAAAUUGCCAAAGCUAACUGUUAAUAAAUUCUACGGUGACCACAGAUAUUGGCUAGAAUUCAUUAGUCAGUUUGAAAAUGCAAUAGAUAAAAAUAGCGGCUUAUCUAAAAUUGAGAAGCUUAUUUACCUUAAGAAUUUAGUAGGUGGUGCUGCAGCUAAAGCAAUUUCCGGAUUCGCAUUAACAGAAAGUAAUUAUGAUGCAGCCUUGGAACUUUUAAAAUCUAGAUUCGGACAAAAGAAUUUGCUCAUUAAUGCGCAUUUAGGAUCGCUUUUGAACAUGACUCCCAUAAAAAAUACAAGUGAUACGAACAGUUUGAGAAAAUUAUACGAUAAAGCUGAAACUGAAAUCGGGAAUUUAGAAAGCUUGGGAAUAAAUUCAGAAUCGUACGGUAAUCUCUUAACACCGAUAAUUUUGAAAGUAUUGCCCUCUGAAUUAACUCUUGAAUUUAGUAGAAAGAAUAAAAGUGAUAAUUGGGAUUUAAAAGCUCUUCUCGAGUUCUUAGGUGAAGAAAUACAAAGUCGCGAAAGAGCUCAAUCUUUUCAUUCUCCCAUAAAAGAAAAACAAAAUUCGACCCAUCCGCUCCAAGAACGCAAUCGAGGCGCUUCCGGGUCAAAAUCUUUUACCAGAGAUACUUUUCGAAAACAGAAAAGUUUCAAUUCUUCAGCUGCUGAACUCUUAGUCAAUCAUACAGUUGCUAGUUCAAAAUGUGUGUUUUGUGGUUCGAACUUGCAUGAUUCAGUUUCGUGUGGCUCGCUUAAGAAAGAAAAAGGUUGUUCGUUUUGUGGUUUAAAAUCGCACCCCAAAACACUUUGUUAUCGGUUUUAUCAGAAUUCGGAUAAAACAACUUUCACCCCGCCCCAAGAAGAAUCUGAUGACAAUGUUACUAACGUUUCUUCUUGUCAAACUGAAAACAAAUCGCAAAGGGUUUUAUUGCAAACCGCAUCGGUCGUUGCUCGUUAUAAUAAUGAAUAUAGAAAUUGUCGUUUGUUAGCCGACACAGCGGCUCAAAGAAGUUUUGUAGAUAGGAAAUUUUCAAGAUUGUUGAAACUUCCCGUUAUUCGAAAAGAAAAUCUAACAGUUUAUUCCUUCGGAGAUAAGUCUCCUAUUGAAAAAACGUUUAAUGUAGUUAAAAUAAGAUUGGAAAAUAAAGAAGAUCCGAAUUUGUAUUUGGAAAUCGAGGCGUUAGAAAUAGAAAAAAUAUCCGCGGCACAUAUUCCGCCGCCUGCAGUAGAUACUUCCAUUUAUAGCAAGCAUUUGAAAGGUUUGAAAUUAGCUGAUACUUCGAAUAAGGACAUUAGUGUUUCAAUUUUAAUCGGUGCUGAUAACUAUUAUGACGUCAUGACAGGCAGAAUUAAACGUAUUAAUCGAAAACUUGUAGCUGCUGAGUCGCUCUAUGGGUGGUGUUUAAUUGGAAUAUCAGGCUCUCCAAAUAAAAAUUCAGGUGAUUCUUUCGCCAUGAAAGUAAUCGUUGAGGAAAACAUUUCAAAACAAUUGGAGACAUUUUGGCAACUAGAAAAUCUUGGAAUCGAACCAGCUAACGAUGAUGUAAGUUGUAAUGAUAACAAAACUUUACGAGAAUUCGAAGAUAGUAUUCGCUUCCAAGAUGGUAGAUAUGUGGUUAAACUCCCUUGGAAGGAUAAUUUUAAAGAAUCGCUUGAAAACAAUUACGAAGUGGCAUAUGAAAGAUUUUCAAAAUUGUGCUACAGGUUUCAAAAUGAUCAUUCUUUGUAUUCAGAGUAUAGGAGGGUUGUGAAUAAUUACAUAGAGCAAAACAUUGUAGAGCGUGUUCCUGAAUCAAGUGUAGCAGAUAGUCCAGAAUUCUAUUUGCCCCAUAGGGCAGUAAUUCGAGAUGAUAGGGUGUCUAGUAAGCUGAGAGUUGUUUUCGAUGCGUCUUCGCAUAAAAAGGGCAAGUUUUCGUUAAAUGAUAGUUUGCAUAUUGGACCUAAUUUAUAUCCUGAUUUGUUUGAACUGUUGUUGUCAUUUCGAAAGCAUCCAAUUGCGUUCACAGUUGAUAUUAAACAGGCAUUUUUGAAUGUAGCAAUUGACGAGUCGGAUAAAAAUGUAACAAAGUUCUUUUGGACUGAAAAUCCAUAUUCCUUUUCAGACUCUUUAGAAGUUCUAAGGUUCAAUCGUGUUCUCUUCGGAAUAAAUAGUUCCCCCUUUCUCUUAUGUGCUACUAUUAAAUACCAUUUGAAGAAGUAUUCUUCUAUUUUUCCGCAGACUCACGAACUGUUAAACAAAUUUUGUUACGUCGAUGACAUCAUAGGAGGUCAAAAUACUGUUGCAUCGGCAUACGCAACUAGUUUAGAAUGCGUCCAGAUCUUUAGAGAAGCAAAUAUGCCCUUGCACAAGUGGGCUACUAAUUCUGCUGAAUUGCGAAAACUUUGGGAGAAGAACGGGUUUUCUACUGAAACGUCAUCAAACCCAAUUGGUCAAAACAUGAUAAACUAUAAAGUAUUAGGCAUUUCCUGGGACGCUGACAGAGAUUUAUUUUAUUUUAACGUAGAAAAUCUGAUAUCCCUUGUAUCGAAAGGAAUUGAUACAAAAAGAUUCCUGUUGCAAGUUGCUGGUCGAAUUUUUGAUCCUAUAGGGUUUGUAGCUCCUUACGUAAUUCGUUUGAAGAUUCUCAUUCAACGCGUCUGGGAAAUGGGUCUUCUUUGGGACCAGGAAAUGCCCCAAGUUAUCAAAAAACCCUUCAGACAAUGGUGUCUUGAACUGAAGGACUUAAGUUUAGUUGAAAUCCCUCGCUUUUAUCAUUUCACGGACUCCUACACAGUUGAUGUGCAACUGCACUCCUUUUCGGAUGCAUCUAAAAGGGCCUACGGAACUGUAAUAUAUUUUCGAGUCAUUAAGACUGACGGGACUAUAACGACUAGUUUUAUCACUUCCAAGAGCAGGGUUGCCCCGUUAAAGACUCUUUCUUUGCCGAGGUUGGAAUUGAUGGGAGCACUGCUUUCUGCUAGGUUGUGUGCUAAAGUCUCUAAAGCUUUAAAAUUUGAGAAGUCCUGCUUUUUUCAUACGGAUUCCUCUAUAGUUUACCAUUGGAUUAGAGGAGAACCGUCCUGUUACAAACCGUUCGUCAAAAAUAGGAUAGAGGAGAUUCAAAGACUGACUGAACCACCGAAAUGGAAUUUUUGUCCUGGGAGGGAUAAUCCAAGCGAUAUUGUAAGCAGAGGAAUAUCUGUUCGGGAAUUGAAAGAUAGUCAACUUUGGUGGCACGGACCACCCUGGCUUAGCCAAACAGAGCAGUUUUGGCCAAAAAUAGAGGCCCAAAACGUCAGCAAUCAUGACCUAGAACUAAAGAGUAAAUUUAGAGAAGUUUCGCAAAAUGAAGUAAUCCUCGAAAAUCGCGAAAAGCUCAUAAACAUUGAUAAAUUUAGCAGUUAUCUCAAACUAUUGCGAGUAACUGCCUUCGUAUUUCGAUUUAUACACAACGCAAGAAAUACGUCGAAAAAUAAAGGUGCUCUCGAAACAAAUGAGCUUAAAUUGUCUGAAGAAUACUGGAUUAAAGAAACCCAGAAAGAAGCUUAUUGGUUAGAAAUAGUCGAUUUAGAAAGAUCUCAAAAAGUUAGCGACAGUUCAAAAAUUCGUUCUCUAGUACCUUUCUUAGAUCCCAGGAAUAUUUUGCGAAUAAAAGGGAGAUUAGAUGAAUCAGAAUUUUCUCUAGACGAGAAACAACCCAUCCUUUUACCAAAAAACUCUAAAUUUUCGGAAUUAUUAAUCUUACAUGAGCAUACUAAGAACUUUCAUAUCGGAGUAACAGCUACUCUAGUAAUGCUUAGAAGAAAGUUUUGGAUAGCGAAGGGGAGACAACUCGUGAAGAAAGUACUUAGAAAAUGCUUCAUUUGUAGAAAAUACAAAUCCAAACCAGCAAACGAAAUAACAGCGCAACUUCCGAAAGACAGAAUCGUAGAAAAUCCACCUUUCGAAAUUUGUGGCCUUGAUUUUGCAGGAGCUAUACUUUACAAAUGUGAUAAGGAAGUUAAAAAGGCUUAUUUUGCAAUUUUCACCUGUGCUGUAACUAGAGGAAUUCACUUAGAAUUAGUGUCCUCCAUGUCUACAAAGCAUUUCUUACUAGCCUUUAGAAGAUUCAUUUCCAGGCGAGGUAGUUGCAGUGUUGUUUAUUCGGAUAACGCAACAUCAUUCAAAGCCGCAAAUAAAGAUCUAAUGUACUUCUAUAACAUUCUACAAGAUUCGGAAUUUAAAGAUUUUAUAUCUUCACGUGGCAUUAAUUGGAAGUUUAUCGUAGAAAGGGCGCCCUGGUGGGGCGGAUUUUACGAACGUCUCGUAAAAUCAGUGAAAGAUCCACUCAGAAAAGUUCUCGGAAAAGCUCUUCUCACGUUUGAAGAACUUUCAACUGUUUUGACUGAAAUCGAAUACGUCGUUAAUUCGAGACCUUUAACAUACGUUACUGAUAAUUUUUCUGAGCCCAAGCCAUUAACUCCUCUUGACUUUUUGCAAUAUGGAAAGAAAAAUCACGACUAUCCAUUUAAUUUUGCUGAGUUAGUUAAUCGAGUGUCAACAAGAGAGUCCUUAUUAAAAAGAAAGCAGUAUCAAACGACACUUUUGAAACAUUUUUGGGUUAAAUGGAAAGAACUAUAUCUACUUAAUUUGAAAACAGUUCACCAUUUCAAAUCGCCUAACGUUCACAAAGAAGUAAAGAUGAAUGAUGUAGUGCUCGUCGAAGGAACUUCAAAAUCUAAACUACUAUGGGACUUGGGAAUCGUUCAAGAAACUUUUCAAGGUAGAGAUGGACAUAUCAGAGCUUGUGUCGUCAAAACCAAAAAGGGACUUUUCAGAAAACCUGUGCAGCUGAUAUAUCCCCUUGAACUUUGUGAAUGA